CCUGAGGGCGCAUCUGGAGGAGUACAUGUCCAGAUUUCCUAAGGUCCGUAUCGUGCGCACCAAGAAGCGAGAGGGUCUGAUCCGCACACGGCUGCUGGGAGCGUCGGUGGCUAGAGGAGAAGUCCUUACUUUCCUGGAUUCUCACUGUGAAGCCAACAUCAACUGGCUGCCGCCCCUGCUUGACCAGAUCGCACAGAACCCCAAAACCAUUGUGUGUCCCAUGAUAGACGUGAUUGACCAUAACCACUUUGGAUACGAGGCACAGGCAGGGGACGCCAUGAGGGGAGCUUUUGACUGGGAGAUGUACUAUAAACGCAUUCCCAUCCCAUCUGAACUACAAGGACCAGACCCCAGCGACCCAUACGAGUCUCCUGUGAUGGCCGGAGGCUUGUUUGCUGUAAACCGACAGUGGUUCUGGGAACUGGGAGGAUAUGACACAGGCCUUGAGAUCUGGGGUGGUGAGCAGUUCGAAAUAUCCUUCAAGGUGUGGAUGUGCGGAGGCGGCAUGUAUGAUGUACCUUGUUCGAGGGUGGGCCACAUCUACAGGAAGUACGUCCCCUACAAGGUGCCUUCAGGGACCAGCCUGGCAAGAAACCUGAAGCGAGUGGCAGAGACAUGGAUGGAUGAGUACACAGAGUACAUCUAUCAGCGCCGGCCCGAGUACCGCCACCUCUCCACCGGUGACCUGACCGCUCAGAAAGAGCUCCGCAAACACCUCAAAUGUAAAGACUUCAAAUGGUAUAUGAACACUGUGGCCUGGGACCUGCCCAAAUAUUACCCACCUGUGGAGCCACUGCCAGCUGCCUGGGGAGAGAUCCGUAAUGCAGCGUCUGGUUUGUGCAUCGACUCUAAACAUGGCUCCACGGGCACCGAGCUACGUCUGGACACUUGUCUGAAAGAGGGCGCAGAGCGAACAUGGGCACACGAGCAGAUUUUCACAUUUGGCUGGAGAGAGGACAUCAGGCCUGGAGAUCCCCUACACACCAGAAAAUUCUGCUUCGAUGCUAUUAGUCAGAAUAGCCCCAUCACCCUGUAUGACUGCCAUGGUAUGAAAGGCAACCAGCUCUGGAGCUACAGGAAGGAUAAGUCUUUGUACCACCUGGUGAGCAACGGUUGCAUGGACUGUAGCCUCGGCGAUAAGCAGAUUUUCAUGAAUAAGUGCGACGCCGAGUCUGAAACACAACAGUGGAUCUUCCAGAAAGUCAACACUACCGUUCUGGACAAAUUCAACAGCGGCGCCAGCUCAUAGGACCUGGGGUUGUGGUCGAGCCAGUCAGCCGGCUUCCACACAUACACACACCUCCCACAAUCCUUAACGUGGGCCUGGAUGUUGUUACUGUCUGGCUCUGGGUUCCUCUCAAGGUUCUGCAGCAGACUGAGCAAGAGCAGGCUCUUGAAAGAGGGGACUAGAAACGCAGAGAAACACAAGGCUGGUGGAAACGCAUCCACAAUGAGCACCUUGCUGGUCGAGGAGAAUACAAACAGCCUGGACUCUCUAGUAGGGGUCUAGCUUGGGCCCCCAGUUGCUCCCUAUACAUUAAAAAAACAGUGCAGCUUUAGGACUUUGGAAGUGGAGUCCAGUGAAAGAAUGUUCUGUAUUAGUCCUUGAAGAUUGCAUGGGG